ACAGUUCUCACAAAAAUCUAUCAUGACGUUCUCCUGGAUAGCACUUUUGCUGAACGAAUGUGGCUUUCUACCAUGGACAUCGAUCAUCCAGUCAAAAUUUCCAUUCGUUUUUUCAAAAUUCUCAACCAGAUAGCCUUACAAGAUCCCAGCGCUGAUAUGAGAAUAGACAGUUCCCUGUAUUCCGUAGAUGAAAAUCGUAUGAUGUGGCUGGAAGGACUUCGAAGGUAAUUUUAUAGUGCGCUGUAUCAACCCAUUCGUUGUUUGGACCAGAAAAAAGUACAGAUUCCAAAAGCAGGGGCAGUAAAUGUUAACUGUGCAUUGCAUAUUCGUUACCCUUGAUGCCCACAUAUGCUGGGCACGAUCCAUUCAACUAAAAUAUCCGGUAAUUUCAGUCCAAAACCCAAUGGAUCGGUUCGGUCCAACCGGAAAAGUUUCGAAAAAACUGGUCCACCUUUCCAGGUGGACCACUUUUGCCGCUUGGGCUGGUCUGAUCGGGAAAUGACUGUUCCAUUCGACGAUUCCGGCCCAUUCUCAUCCCCAGUUCCUCACGGUUCGAUACUUCCUGGGUGUUUACCAUUUGGCAAAAAUAGGCGGCUUCAGUCCGGCUACCGGUGCAGUUUUGUGACAUAACUGUACCCAUGCUAGAAAAUUUGCUAUCUCACGAGAGGCAAGCUUGGCAGGUAAGUUUUUGGUGUAUUUACUUGUUGCUUUUUGCAAAAAAAAUCCAAGUAAGUCAGUCUGUGUUCGCAUCUCGACUGCGACUAUUACCGCCAAAACCAAUUCGUACGAAAAUGUUGACAUUUCAGCCUCCGACUCUAUUGUUUUAUUCUUCGAAUAAUUCGUUUUCUUCAACAAAUACUCACUUAAUUCGUCCUCAGCAAGCAUUUAAUGAGGUCUGUUACAACCAGUAGGUUGCUACCUCACACCGAAGCUGACGGUUUAUAUCCCGAUUGCCCCUUAACGCGUUUCUGAGUUUCUGUUGGAGAGAGGAAUGAAACGAGACCGGUCGCCGUCGAGAUCCAUUCUCCCCACGUAAUUUUCGAACCUCUGCCCGGAAAUUUUUGUCGAAUGGAUCGCGCCCGCUAUGUCACACUCGGCCUUUUUAAACGGAAAGCAAUGCCAACUGAAGUUGGACUAGAACGAUUGGGUCAUGUGGUCAACAAUGGCCCCUGUUCCUGGCGCUGUCUUUUCAGCUUACUUUAACCUUAUCCAGUGCGGUUUGUUUUUUGUUUCCUGCGACCGAGCGGGGCCUAAACCGCUCAUGAUACUACUCCCACUAAAAUUACGCAGAAUAAUAUAUACUCGUCAUUUCCAACAUCAAGGCAUACCCUGAUUGCCACAAUGACGAGAUUUGACGUCAUAAUCUCUUUUUUUGGCAGAAUCUAAAUUCCAUCAAUUUUCCCUUCAAAGCAAGAAAUACUUAAAUAGUAAGGUGUCUGACAAAAUCAAGAAAUUGGUUAACACAUUAAUAAUCUUUAACAACAGCAGUGAUGCCACAAUGACAUCAUUUAUCAUUUAAAAAUGAUCUGGAACUAUCCGCCUUCUUGGAUCUGCCAUUUUGAAUUUAUUAAGUGUGUUCAGUUUCCUUUGAAACCCGUAUGAAUGGAGGUAAUCGUGAUAGCAAUUAAAAGGAUGCUCAUGAAGCAAAAAAAUUCGCAAGUUUUGAAAUUCCGAGAGAAAUAAACGCUGUUCAAAAUUGAACCAAGAUCUGCCAUUUGGUAAUUUUAAAUUCAAGUUUUUUCUCAAAUCAGUUGCUAAAAAGCCUGGAUCUCACUUAAAGUGAUGGUAAAUUUGAUAAAAUAUUGCCAAAUUAUAAUUAAGUGUAAUGCUAUUAUUUAAUAACUAAAAUCAGAAAUAAAUCCUUUUUUAAUGGCCACGUCAAAGUUGACGUAAACGUUUACACAAAUUUAAAAUUUUAAGGAAAAGUCGCUAAGUUUUGGUGAUCAACUUUUUAGCGAGGGGGGCUCCAAAAGCCCCCUCCCUGGUCUGAAUAGAGUCCGUACCUUUCCAAAUAAUGUUUGCUAGAAAUUACUGUUUUGCGAAAAUGGCUGAUUAUGAGGCGAAUUGUAAAAGCAAAGAUUAUUCAGGAAAGCUUGCAAAAAGCAUAUGGUAGUUUUUCAGUAAAUGAGAUAUGCUCAUCUGUUAAAUUUAUAACAAGAAACUCCAUUAUCCUUAAUUGCAAUUAAGUGUUGAUAGUUGUCAUAUGAAGAGUAAUAUUUUUAAAGUGAUCACAAUCAUGGCCUCCAAACUGUCAUUUCCAAUGCUUUUCUGACAGGAAAAUGGCAACUGUUGCUGCCUCGGAGGACAAAGAACGUGGGAUAAGAUUGCAAGGCAUCCUUCGUCCUAUCAAAGAACUUCAAUACUAUGAUAUGAAAGUCCCAGAAGGUGAGAGGUUUGUUGAACUAGGUGAAUGCCUUGGUCACAGGCCGUUCCUGAAAUCUCAUGUUUUCCAAUCUGUGGUUUUGGCGCUCUACUCCCUUAGAUGCAGUGAACACCCAGAUAUUGCAGAGGACAACAUAUGGUCCAAAGAAGAUGUCCCGACAGUUGUUGCCAAUGUUAUGAUAAUUGUUAAGCAGUUUCUCGAUGGAUCUGUUGACGAAGCUACGGACGAGAAGCGAUCGCGUUUUUGGUCAUUUCCUCAGCUUUCUGUGGAAAGUGAAGGACAUUGCUAUAAUCUACAUCAGCCAGAAUCUCUUUGUUUUGAUGUUUAUAGAGGUGAAACCAUAAAACAGCAUUUUGCACGUAUGUGGCACGUACUACAGCAAUUUGCUAUCAAACAAGGAGCAGAUGAUAAUUUUUGUAAGCCUUUUGUAGAUUUUUCUGCACAACACGAAAAAGGUUCCGAAACAGGAAUUAGCGAUAAUGUAGUGAGUCUCCUUCCCCUUAACUUUGCAGAAACAGAAGUCUGA